AUGGCGGAUCACUAUUCCAUUUGCUGCACGCAGCGAAUUGUGCUAUACGAAACGAAAGCGGUGACUAUAAUUUUUCUUGUGGAGUUUUUAUUUUUUCUUCUUAACCUGGGCUGUGGUUGAACUUGCUUUUUACUCUUUCCACAGAGGUUUUUCCUUGUCGGUUCGAACAACGCAGAGACUCGCUUCCGUGUGCUGAAGAUAGACAGAACGGAACCUUAUGAGCUGGUGUUUUUCGAUGAUAAGGUUUGCUUUCAGCUUGUCUCUUUAUUGUAUCAGGUGAAGCUCCUCCAGGAAGCAAUGUAGAAACCUGGCAAGUUUGGAGCAAUUCUCAUAGGGGUACGAUUUCUGUACAACCCCAUUUGUUUAUUAUGGAUUCAGCACUUUCAUACUAUUUCACACAAAUAGUUGAUAUGAAUAGGGUUGAAAUGUGGAUGCAUAAUAAAUGUAUGGGGCUCUAUGGAAAUCUUACCCCCAUGUUCCCUUAGCUAGCAGACAUACCAAGAGGAUCUACAAUUGGGUUCUCUAAUCCUGCUUUCCUGCCUAUUUUUUUCCUCUUUAUCUCGCUAUCCCGCCCUAAUUUUUCACGAGUUUCUUGCUUGAAAAUUCAGGGAAAUAGACAUUGAUCAAGAGAGAUUAUUCUCUCUUGAUGUUUAAUUUAUAUGGCCUUAGACUACCAAACUAUUGUUGCUUUCCAUCGAUACUGGUUGUUCUGUCCACGAAAAAGUAGAAAAUGUUGAGUUGGUCAACAAGACAGGAAUGCAGGACUUUUUUUUAAAACAAUGUGACUUCUAACCUCUGUGAUUCAUAUUUGAUAGCUCUUUCCAGUGAUGAAAACAGCAAAAACAGAAAUGAAAUGAUGAACAUAUCAAAUUCAUAUUUCAUACAUUGGAACUGCGAAACAGAGAAAUAAAUGCAAAGAAGAACAGCACAGUUAGAGAUGCAACUGAUACAGUUGAGAAAAGAAUCCCUGAAAAAAUUGGCAGGCUUGCCACUAAUUCAAACCCUGACCUUUUCUAUAUCAGAGCAGUCUGCUGCAAGGUCUGCAGCUAUUAUUAAUGUCAUCUUGCUAUGCUCCUCCCCACACUUGGCUGCUAAAAAUCAAACCACAGUUCUUUCCCACAGUUAGCCAAUUAGAAUUCAGCUUCCAUUUUCUGGAAGGUGUUCAAGCCACUUUUACGGUACAGUGACUCCUCCAAUCAUAGCUUUGCUUUUAUCUCUGCCCCAUGUAUAAAUGACAGAACAAUUAAAAUCAUUGCGUGAAAACAAGCAAUCAACUGUAGUAGUGUUUUGUUGUUGUAGUUGAGUGACUCUAGUCCUAUUCAAAAUUUAUGAGAUAAGCAGCAGCAGCAAGCAAGUCGAGAAAAUGAAAUAUGAAAAUGGGAGACUUGGUGACCCAUUGGUGCAAUAUGUAGGAGAAUCACCCAUGACCUCAAGAAUGUCCACUACUUUGAAGACUAGCUCUCAAAUAGGUCCAAAUGUAUGGUAGUCACUGGAGAAGUGUGGCUUUAGAGAUUUGAAAGUUUAGUUUAACCUUACUUGUAAUAUAAGUUCAUAUAAGAUUUUAUUAUUCAACUUAGGUGGAGUACACUCAAAGGCAAAUCAAGGAUUUGUUGUCAAUGAUAAGUGCAGGAAAUAUGCCGAACAAGAACAGAGCAUAUGAGACAACAAAUCGUGGACUGCAUAGGAGUAUCUCUGCAUAUGGGAUUGUUGGUAAGAUUCGUAUCAUGAAGGAAAUGGGGCAAGUUGUUUGAAUCCUGAUUAACUGGGCUAACUGUCAAAAGAUCAAGCUAGUUGUCAUGGUAUUGGAUUUAGGCAAAUUGUCCUUCAAAACAGCUCAGCUUAAGAGUAUAAUAAAUUGCACUACUGCUCAAGAGUAAAUUGACAGUGAGUGUUUUGCUUAGUUCUAAACAAAUAUGUGUUAAAGUAAGUGGUUUCAAAUUACACACGACAAAUGCAAGGCUGUCACUAAAGAGCUCAAGUUAAUAAUGAGUCCAGGUAUAUACAAAUAGUAGGCAGGGAACUGAAGAGUUGGGAAGUUAUUUUGCUUUUUUAUAUUAUUUUGUUUCUUUUGAGAACAGCCAGGGAUCAUGUUCGUAGUAGCAGUCAGAGGAAAUUCUCAGCCCUUAGUGCGUGUGCAUAAAAGCACUGAUGGUCGGUGUGAAUUUCUAAAUGUGUGAAUGGUUAUUGUUCUUUUUCUCAAGAAAUGACAAUUAGUGGUAUUGUUUCCUUGAAUCCCUUUGAGUGAUGAACAUUUAAACAUCCUGGUUUCUUAAAAAAUAAAAAUUCAAAACUCAAGAGCCAAGAUCAAUCCUUGUGUCUUGAAGCUCAAUUUGUUUGAGUUUUUUAGACAUAAGAAUUGCAGUUUUAAGGAUUGAGUUGAAACUGUCCACUUACUUUUGAACAGUACUGCUCCUUAUGCCCCGAUAACCAAGUUAAACUACCCAUUUCUUUCUGUAGGCUGCUUUGAUUGUCAUUUGAAAGAAGCACUUAAGGGAUGUAACAAAACAAAAUAAGCUACAGAUACCAUCAUAGAUUACAGUUUGGUUCCUAGCCUGCAGACUUAUUUUUUAGAUUCGGGGAAAGCUGCUUGUUGUUUUGUUUUUUUGUAUUUUCAUGGAUGCCACUUUUGAUUUUAUUCGCUGAAGAAGAUUGGCGGAGAGUAGACGUAACAACCCUUGGGUUAAGCACCUUAAUCGUGGUUAUUGUUACUCGAACAGAACCAUUGACACAUUCAAUUAAAAUGUCUGCAAUACAGGCUUCCCAAUGUUACAAAAAAUUGAAGGCAACACCUAAAGUGUGCCAUUAAUCUACAGCUUUCAAGGACAAUCUCCAUGGGUUGCUAUUUGUACAUGUAUACACAUUUUUUAUGUAGCAGUAACAGUCAUGAACAGAUUGAGGGCCACUCUUCCAGGCCUUUCACUGGUAAUGGAGGAAAUAUUAACCUGUCUGUAAUUCAUUUGUUUUUAGGCUUUGUGCGAUUUCUAGAGGGGUACUACAUCAUACUGAUCACAGAACGGAGAAAGUAGGUUCAAGUGAUACUGUCAAAAUAGAGCUCACAUCACUAAAUUCUAAUUCCUGCUAGCCACUUUGUUGAGCUCACUGCUGGUCUUCAUCAGGCAAUGACUAAGACUAUCAUUAGCACCAUGAUCACAGUGAUUGAUAUUCAAAAAUAUUUUAUCGUGAUUUAGGUUUCCAAAAUCCAGGUACAUGAUUCUAUUGAAAGUCCCUCUCAGUAAAUGGACAUCAUCUUCUGUAUGCAAUGUAUAGUCAACUUCUUCUUGGAGACUUCAUAGUGCAUUAUUUUAGUGGAGCUAUUGCAGAUUUUGUUGUUGUUUUUUUUUUCUCAAAGCUGUUUUGAAAAUGAUAAAGUUAGUCAGUCAAUAAUGCUGAUAUAAAAAAAAUUUUGUUUGUGUUACUCUCCUUUUUCAGACAAGCUCAGAUAGGUGGACACAGUAUCUACAAGAUUGAGGAUACAAAGCUGAUCCCAAUAGCAAACGAGCUUGUCAAACAAAAGUUUCAGCAUCCUGAUGAGGCCAAGUUAGUUACGCUGCUCCUUUUCUAAACAACAAUAAAAUGCAUGUUCAUUGUUUUAGUUUUGAAAACAUUGGAGAAUUUUCAACAUGAUACAUAUAAGAGACAGUACUGGUUAUUGCCAUUUCAAGUGUUCGAAGUAAUACUCACUUAUUACUUGAUAAAUUUUUGGACUUUUAAGUGUGGUGCAUGUUUAAUUGUGGAGCCAAAGGAAACUUUUAUUUCUGAUGAGCAAAGCAUUUCAGAACAAUGACAGUAACAAAAAAUUGAACAUAUGUACAGUGUAUUUUAAGCUCUAACAGCAAUUAUAGCAGUAAUAUUAGAUUUGCGUUAACUACGUCCAAAAAUCAAUUUUUCAGCAUUUUUGAUAGAGGAUGGGGCACUUAUUUAGGGGCAGCAUCCUUUGAGAUAAAUUCAUCAUACUGUUGAGAAAGUCCGGCCUUUAUAUCUGUUGAUAACAGAAAAUCAGCCUUGAUCUUCACUUUUUUUUUCCAAUUUCUAGGUAUGUGAAGAUCUUUCAAAAUGUGGAUCUUUCAAGUAACUUUUAUUUCAGGUACAUGUAAACCUGGUUAACAGUUCAGUGUACUGAUCACAGAUUAAGAAAAAGUGUUUCUUCAUUUUCUUCUAAUUUUAUAGAUGUAGUUUAAGUUUGAAUUAAGCUUUUGCCCAUUCCCUUCCAUAAGUCUUUUAUGNUUUUUUUCCCAAUUUCUAGGUAUGUGAAGAUCUUUCAAAAUGUGGAUCUUUCAAGUAACUUUUAUUUCAGGUACAUGUAAACCUGGUUAACAGUUCAGUGUACUGAUCACAGAUUAAGAAAAAGUGUUUCUUCAUUUUCUUCUAAUUUUAUAGAUGUAGUUUAAGUUUGAAUUAAGCUUUUGCCCAUUCCCUUCCAUAAGUCUUUUAUGUAAUUACAUGUAGCUUUGGGGAAGUAUUCCUAUUUCUUGUACUUGGAAUGACAUGUAACUGACUUUUGAACAACUGUUGUAAUGGAAAUACAAAUAAUAAGUAGAUGUUAAUUAUGCAAAGUCUUCUCCUUUUCCUUUUGACCUGAUAGCUACAGUUAUGAUCUCACUCACAACCUUCAACACCAGAUGGGUCCUAUCCUGAACCCUAAGCCUGAUUUAGCUCCUACAGAAUCUUGGCAAGCCUGGAAAUCAUGUAUUCAUGUCAACGACAAAACAGUCAAUACGUCUGAUGUGACUGAUAGUACUACAUCUGCUGUAGAAAGUCAUGAGCAGUUGAAACAAGAAAGCACCCUUGAUAAAACUGCAUGUGACAAUCAGGUACUCUCUAAUGAUCAUAAUGAUGCAAGCAAUGUUGUUAGCAGUGAUGAGAGGAAUGUAUAUGUUGAAGACACUGCGAAGAAAGAAACUGGAAAGGUAGACAGUGAGACGGCAGCAGCAAAUGCUGAUUUAUCCCGUGAUGGUGACUUGAAUACUGUAGGAGUAAGAGUGAACGGAAAUGCUGAUCCAUCCACGGACACUGUUUCUACCUUGUCAGCUGUAGAAACUGCACCUUCAAGGGACCAAAUAGUUCAUGAAAGUAAUGGUGAUCUUUCAGUUAAGGACAGUUCUGUGGGUACACUUGAUGGUCAAGCAUCAGCUUGUCCAGGGUGCCAAAAAAUAAGACGACAGAAGGAGAUGCCAUUUUUGAACAAACGCAAGUCCUGUAGUAAGUUUGUGUGGAACAAAUAUCUCCUGAAAGGCUUUGAGGGAGCUGUUCAUUCUGACUGGGUUCUGCACAUUGUUAAUGGCUUUGUGGGACAAUCCAGUAUCCUUUUUGCAAUAAUGUUCUUGAAUCCUUAUUUUUCUUGUAAAUUAAUUUAGAGUGAAUGGCCUCUACCAGAUGUUUAUUUCAGCCCUUAUUGUCAAUCAUGUUGCUCAUUAACACUUUUGGUUAAUGUCAUACUAACAGCCUGCUAAGACAACCCAUAAAGUGAAGGGAAAGUGUUGGUUCUAAUUUUGUACUUUAAACAGUCACAUCAUAACUCCUCCUUUUUGAAAGGAAAUUUACAUUUUAAAUUAGUUUAUGCCUUUAAGAGGGCUGGUUUAAGACUGAAUUGGACUGAAAUGAAACUUUCAAAUGACAAUGCAGCAGAACUAUAGCAAUUCUAAUUAUAACUUUAAGCUGCUAUUGUUUUCCUACGAAAAUAUAUGCUUAUUUCUUGCUUAAAUUAGUUCAAACAAAGUUGAAAGUUGAACUGUUACUAGAAAUCUUCAUAGGCACCUUCACCUAAAACCUUCACAAGUGAAAAAAGGAUUUUAUUCCUUUUUGUAGAUCAUUCACUUGAGGUCUGGCAUAAUGAUAAUUUUCCUUCUUACCAAUAAUUUGCUGUACAGACUAGAUAAUAUUUAAAUCAGGUUCAUUGCCUUGACAUUUUCUCUAGAUAUUUGUGUUUAUGGACGACCCAUAUAUGUGACACUUAUUGCACGAAGGUCCAAGGAAUUUGCUGGAACCAGAUUUCUUAAGAGAGGAGCCAAUGAUGAGGUUAGUUUAGCUAUCAAACCUCCCAAAGUGGGGGGUAGGGAGGGGAGGGUAAAGCAAAAACUGACAAGAACCACAAGGUUUUUUUGUGCAUCUUCAUGAUUUGCUGUUCCCAACAUUAACAAUAAAGAAUUAAUGAUUUUUGAUGCUCUGUUAUUUAGAAUAUUGUCUUGAGCUGCCAACUUGAGAUGUAUUUUGUGUUCAUUCCAAAUGAAACUUCCAGCAAACCUUUUUGAAAAGUUCAUUUCCAUAGAUGGCUUGAUGUUGUUGUAGGGAAAUGUAGCCAAUGAAGUGGAAACAGAGCAAAUUGUCAAUGAUGCUUCAGUUCUGUCUUUCAAGAGUGGCAGGUUCACCUCCUAUGUGCAGCUGAGAGGAUCUGUCCCUUCUUUCUGGUCACAGGUAAAUAAAACAAUUUACAUGUCUAGCGUGACUUUGAUGAAAUUAGAUAGACAGUUUGAGAUAAAACAGCUUUCAACACUUGAUUAAAAUGCCAGCAUUGUCAGAUAAAGAUCAUUCUAGAGGAUGGGGAGAAAUGGCAGUGAUGGUAUGUAAUUCCUUUAGGGUUGUGUAAUGUGCCUACAACCUUUAAGCAACUGAUGCACUGUCUGCAAAAGGGAUGCCUUUGCCAAUUUACUUUUUUGGUAUCACUGUGUUAUCAGCAAAUUCAAGCCAAGGAAAUGUUGCCGAGUCCAUGUUAUAAAUAUCUUGAACUGUAAACACUCUAGGUCCUCUCCCAUCUUUAUUGUUCUCACAAUCCAAACAAAUAAAACAAAGCUGCUUCAAGCAGUGCUGGUGGAUAACCAUAGGAAUGAGCCACAUAUGUACCCUAUUUUGACUUUUUUAAUGUUCAUUCAAAUGUGCAUGUGUCCAAGUCCUGUUGAAGUAGCACACCCUCUUAAAAGAGCUCACGCAGCCUUGUGUAAAGAUGCAAAAGACAAAUCCGUGUCUCCUAAUGGUAGGGUUAAGACUUCAAAGGUGAAACAGACGUUGGCUUAUAUCUAAGGUUUCAAUGACAAACCAAACUGUCUUCAGUUUGGCAUUAUUUUGCAUUCAUGGUAUCAUUUGAAAUCUGAUCAUUCCUGAACUCUUCUUGAUUUUUAGGAGGUUAAACAGGUCAUGGUCCCUAAACCUCAAAUCAUUGGUAAGUUGAACUGCUAGUGCAAUUUUGAAGCCUUUUGAAAUGAGUAGUCAGUAUUAUUUUAUGAUUUCUGUAAGUAUGUUUUCUUUCCGCAGUAAUAAACUGAAGCAGGUUUUGUCUUACCUCUUUUCAAGUGUUUGCUGUUUUGUAUAAGCUAUAAAUCUAAGGUACAGUUGUAGAUAUUGUAUAAAAUUGCUGAUUGUCUCCAAUUCAGAUCACCUUAUUCACAAUCACAAAUUAUUCAUGUUUUGUUCAGUUGACCGUGCCGAUCCUUUCUGCUCAGCUGCUGGUCAGCAUUUCAACCAACUCUUGAGAAGAUUUGGUGCACCUGUGGUUAUUCUUAAUCUUGUCAAGGUGGGUCUAAAAAGGACAUGUUUCACAAAUAUGCUGUGGUUUUAGUAUGCCAUUGAAUAAUGCAUUAUUUAUAAUAUCAUUACUACCAUGUAUUGUUGCAGAAAUUGCUCAUACCUCCCAUACACUUUCUUAAACCUCUCCACUCAAGAAAUUCCAAUAUACUGGUAUUAAAAGAGGCAUUGACAAUGUCUGUUCAGUAUGUCCACUGUCCCUGCAAAGGCAGAAAUAACACUAAAAUAAUGUGGCUUGUGUUAGAUUGGUGCUAUCUGGGGACAAUGUACAAAGAUGGAUAAUGAAAAGAAUAAGUGUGAUACUUCCUUAGGAAGAAGUUUCUUCCCUGGCUGUUAACCAACCAUAAAACACCUAAGACGAAUACCAUGCAGUGAGCAAAGGUACCUGGUGGGCAAGCUGUGAACCUGUGGAGAAUGUGUUUUAUCAAAAUCCCUUCUCCCUGGCUGCAUCUGACAAGNAAUCACAAAUUAUUCAUGUUUUGUUCAGUUGACCGUGCCGAUCCUUUCUGCUCAGCUGCUGGUCAGCAUUUCAACCAACUCUUGAGAAGAUUUGGUGCACCUGUGGUUAUUCUUAAUCUUGUCAAGGUGGGUCUAAAAAGGACAUGUUUCACAAAUAUGCUGUGGUUUUAGUAUGCCAUUGAAUAAUGCAUUAUUUAUAAUAUCAUUACUACCAUGUAUUGUUGCAGAAAUUGCUCAUACCUCCCAUACACUUUCUUAAACCUCUCCACUCAAGAAAUUCCAAUAUACUGGUAUUAAAAGAGGCAUUGACAAUGUCUGUUCAGUAUGUCCACUGUCCCUGCAAAGGCAGAAAUAACACUAAAAUAAUGUGGCUUGUGUUAGAUUGGUGCUAUCUGGGGACAAUGUACAAAGAUGGAUAAUGAAAAGAAUAAGUGUGAUACUUCCUUAGGAAGAAGUUUCUUCCCUGGCUGUUAACCAACCAUAAAACACCUAAGACGAAUACCAUGCAGUGAGCAAAGGUACCUGGUGGGCAAGCUGUGAACCUGUGGAGAAUGUGUUUUAUCAAAAUCCCUUCUCCCUGGCUGCAUCUGACAAGAUGUCAAUCUACAAACAAACCAAACCAUGAAAUAUCAAGGAGCGUUUUGUCUUCCCCCCCCCCCCACCUCCUCACUUUUUUGCUAUUGCCCCAACUUUCACAUGGUAACUCACUCAGAAACGCUUGCCUAGAAGGCUAUCAUUACAAUUGUGGAAUGUGUCCUCCUAGGGACCUCAUGAUACUGGUUGUAUGGGCACCAUACUAAAUACAAGUGAUGCUCCCCUUUUGAGAGAGCCUCCAAGGAGAUAACCCUUUGCAAAGAGGACAGGUGUUCAAAGCCAUCAGGGAUCUGUACAUACAACAGAUAAUAUAAUCUUGAGCUUUUUAACAUCCCAUGUGCCUUCACCAUUCUCCUCUUAAGAGAAAAAGGACUGAACAAUCAGUUCUUAAGAAAUCAGACACUGGAAAGUUUGAGGCCAAACGAUACACUUGCCCAACCUCACUGCAUUAAAAUUCAACAGACUGUUUCAGUCGGAAUAGUCAGUCUUAGAGGAUGGGGAGGAAUUCCAUUGAUAAUACGUGAUGCCUUUAGGACUUUGUAAUGUGCCCACAAGCUUUAUGCACCUGACACGGUGUGUUCAAAAGGUUACCUUACUUAAGUAACUGUGCUAUCAUCAUUGCACAUCUGAAAGCACUUACUGGGUUGCACCAGGUAAACCUGAAGAUUAAUUCCAGACAGUUUCGUGGAUUUUCGUAUGGUUCAAUGACCACACAAGGGAAAAAGAUUAGCAUGGAACGGAACAAUUCCCAAACCACAAAACAAAAGCUGUCUACAAUUGUUUCCAAAUACUGAGAAACAGUCCAUAAAGUGCCAAUUGUUACAAUACUGCAUUGAAUUUUUUACUUUUUUCAUAUUGUAGAAAAAGGAGAGAAAAAGACACGAACAGAUUCUAAGUGAUGAACUUGAAAGUGCAGUAACUUAUCUCAACCAGUUCUUACCAUCACAGCACGCAAUACAGUACAAAGCUUGGGAUAUGGCUCGCUACAACAAAAGGUCAGCUCAAGCUUUACUGUUUUUGUUGACAGUGACUGACAUUUUGACAACCUGUGCGGAAGUUAUCUUUGACCCUAAAGAUGACUACUGCACAAGUUGUCGAAGCCUCAGUCAUUGUCAACAACAACAGUCCUUUUCACGACUACGUUCACCCAGACGAUCAUGCUCAACCUAAUAUGAAUAUACCAAGUGUUACAUAUCCUUAGAUUUUAAGUAGAUCCAAUCUGUUCUUUUGCAGCAAAGACUGUAAUGUGAUGGAAAAGUUGACCAUUAUUGCAGAUGAGGUAACUAGAUUAGUUUAUGUACCUUAA